ACGCAGACGCAGCGUCGACGCCAUGCACGCCCUCGUUCCACCUUGAGCUCCGGCUCCGUCAUUGUGAUCGACCGCGUCUGACCUAGCCUAUAGGCUAUAGGCUAUAGCGCCAAUGGCGUCGACGGGGAAGAAGAUGAACCAGAUCCCUGCGCCGGCCGGCCGCCUCUGGGAGGCCAGCAUCCGCAAGCUCACCACCAUCCGACGCGGCGCUUCUGCCUUUCCAGCCGCCGUCGCCGGCGUUGACGGCCUGGUUGACCCCGCUGGAACCCUCGCCGUCGCCUCCUCCAGCACCGUCUACCAGUACAGCGACAGCGAGGAAGCCGACGGUGCAGCCGCCGAGGAGGGUGACGACGAGGAGGCGGGAUCCUCGCUCGGCGAGCCCAGCCACUCGGAGCAGCUGCUCCCCAGCGGAGACUUUUACCAGGGCGACCUGCGCGGGGACCUCCCGCACGGCACAGGCAAGUUCCUCUGGACGGACGGCAGCAUGUAUGAGGGCGCCUGGCGUAGCGGCCGCGCGGCCGGCCGCGGCAAGUUCUCCUGGCCGUCGGGCGCUACCUACGAGGGCGACCUCGCCGGCGGCUACAUGCACGGCCAGGGCACCUACAUUGGCGAGUUCGGGGACACCUUCGCCGGGCUCUGGGCCAACAACCUCCGCCACGGCCGCGGCACGCAGGCCUACGCCAACGGCGACGUCUACGACGGCCACUGGCGCGACGGCCUACAGGACGGCCACGGCCGGUACAUCUGGCGCCACGGCCACGAGUACAUCGGCACCUGGAAGGCCGGCGACAUGCACGGCUGCGGAACCGUCAUAUGGUCAGACGGCGACCGUUACGACGGCUCGUGGGAGGACGCCAAGCCCAAGGGACAGGGCACGUUUCGGUGGUCCGACGGCGGCAUGUACAUCGGCACCUGGUGCCAGGAGUCCGGAGUCACGCACGCCAAGGGCGUCUACUACCCGCCGUCCGGAGGCCCUGCGGUGCCCGUGCCCCGGGAGCCCCGCGACGCCAUCACCAAGUUGCUCGAGGAGCUGGAGGUGUGCGAGGGGAAGACGGUUUCCCUGCUGCCGUCGCACAAGAUACUGACAUGGCCCGGGGUGGAGGCCGUGCUGAAGAAGCCGGUUUGGCGGCCGCCGGAGAUCAGCGCCGACCAAGGGAGGGUGUCGGUGUCGAACGUCCGCCGGAGAAGCGUGUCUGACCUCGACAGUCUCACUGCCGGGGAGGACGGCGGCGAGGAUGCCAGUACUCGGGCAGACCGGGCAUGGUCGCGGACGCUCUCGUGCAUUCGCGCGCCGCCAAGGUCCGGGAAGAAGCAGGGGGAGACGAUAUCAAAGGGGCACAGGAACUACGAGCUCAUGCUCAACUUGCAGCUUGGCAUCAGGCAUGCCGUGGGAAGGCAAUCGGCGCCGACUUCACUGGAUCUCAAAUCAUCAGCAUUUGAUCCAAAAGAGAAGGUGUGGACAAGGUUUCCUCCCGAAGGAUCCAAGCACACGCCGCCUCAUCAAUCGUGUGAUUUCCGGUGGAAGGACUACUGCCCGUUGGUUUUCAGGACAUUGCGCAAGCUCUUCGACGUCGACCCGGCGGAUUACAUGAUCUCGAUAUGCGGGGAUGAUGCACUCCUGGAGCUCUCAUCACCCGGUAAAAGUGGAAGCUUCUUCUACCUCACCAACGACGACAAGUACAUGAUCAAAACAAUGAAGAAAGCAGAGGUCAAGGUGCUUCUUAGGAUGCUUCCAGCCUAUUAUAAACAUGUCCGUGCUUACGACAACACUCUAAUAACAAAGUUCUUUGGCCUGCACUGUGUUAAAAUCACAGGGGGCAUUCAGAAAAAGGUUCGGUUCGUUAUAAUGGGGAAUCUUUUCUGCUCUCGCUAUGCAAUCCAUCGGCGUUUUGACUUGAAAGGAUCAUCCCUUGGCCGCAUGACAGACAAACCCCUUGAUCAGAUCGACGAGACCACCACGCUCAAGGAUCUCGAUCUCAAUUUCAUUUUCCGGUUAGCAGGAUCCUGGUUCCAGGAAUUCUGCAGGCAAGUGGACAGAGAUUGCGAGUUGCUGGAGCAGGAGCGGAUCAUGGAUUACAGUCUUUUGGUUGGCGUUCAUUUCAAGGAUCGGUGCAAAGAUACCGGCAAUGCUGACAAUGGGACACCUACUACAACGGAUGAAGAUUCUGAGCAAAAAAGAAAAGCACAAGAAAAACUAGGAAUUAGCAUGCCCUCAAGGGUGGAGAACAUAGUGAGAAAUCCUGAAAGUGAAUCCCUGCUCAUCGGCGAGCCCACGGGCGAAUUCCAGGACGUGAUCCUCUUCUUCGGGAUCAUUGACAUCCUGCAAGACUACGAUAUUAGCAAGAAGCUCGAGCACGCCUACAAAUCCAUGCAGUAUGAUCCCAACUCCAUAUCCGCGGUCGACCCCAAACAGUACUGCAAGCGAUUCCGAGACUUCAUUUUCAGGGCUUUCGCGGAGGAUGUACAGUAGCAACUCCAUUGACAAACAGAAAAUUUAUACUCAAGAGAGCAGACCUUAACAGUUGGCCGGUGAUUCUUCUUUGCCACCAUCCAGUAUUCUUUUGUAGGUAACAUAACCGAUUCUUUCUGUUGUAGACGACAGCACGUCGAUAUCAAAGCGAUUUCUUCUUCAUGUAUGUGUUUAUAGAUUUUGUACAUCUACUGAAUCUUCUCUCUACUAAUGUAAUUAGAUGUAGGGUGACUGUGUUCAUGCCUGCUGGUAUGAAAAUCAUGUAGAACAGAGACUAUUGUUUAUGUAACCAUUCACUACUUCUUUUUCUCUUGUUCCAAAGAGCUAU